GUUUUGACUAAUAAUUACAUUUGUUUGAUGAUUUGAGACAUUUAAGUGUGACAAACAUGCAAAACAAUAAGAAAUCAGGACGAGGGCAAACAAUUUUUGUGGCUUAAUCAGGUUCAAAAUAUUAAAAACAUCUCUCGGUAUGAGUGAGUCAAAACUGAGCAUUAUUAUUAUCUCUUUUGUUUGUGCAGGUGUGCCGAUACAAUGAUGUGAAGUAUGAUGUCCACAUACUUUUGUCCAUGUGGCACAUCCCUCCUCAGUUUUCCAGUCACAUUGCAGCCAGCCCCCAUUAGAAACCCUCCCCUCUCCGUCUUAUUUCUCGCUCUGCCUCCCUCCAGCGCUCUCACGCACUCCGGCCUCUGAUUGGCUGCUGCCUGCCUGGCUCUUUAUGAAUUGAGCUGCAGUGCUUGGAUGUGACUGGCUGGUUGCUAAUCAACACAACGAGCUAUCUCUCCCUCUCUCUCUCACGCUCAUACACACAUGCUAACUGACACGCUAACAUAUGAUUAGCCAACAGCUCACGUAAGCAAGGUGCAGUGAUGCUCCCUCUCUCUCUCUGUUGCUCAAUGUUUCUCUGUCUGGCUCACAUACUCAGCCUCGCACUCAUGGGAUGCAGGCGCCGCGGGGUGACGCUGUGACGCCUUUUUGCCUCACUCACACACGCACCUUCGUCUUUUUGUCUUUCACUCCCUGCAUUGCCUCUUGUGUGUUGGUGGAAUGCCACUGCUGUGAUGUUUUGGGACAGGAAGAAUAGUAUGGGCAAUUCCCAAAAGCGGCCCAAAGGGAGACACAGACCCAAAUCGGCAACAGCCACCAGCGGACUCGAGGCGGAGGGCGCCAGGCGUGGAGGCACGAGCAGCAGCCGCGGCAACGACGCUAACCACAGCAGUAGCAGCGGCGGCGGCGGCGGCGGACGAGGAGGAAGCGGCGGCAGCGGCAACUGCACGGCCCACUUCAGGUCUCCAUGGCAACAGAGCGUGAACGUGUUUGGCUCGUGGAGCAGGCCCGAGUGUGUCGAAGAGCUGCACCAGCAGGCGCAGCUUAACCUCCAGAGCUUGCUGCAAGACUUUGAGGAGCAGCUCUACGACGCCAAGUUGACCGGUCAGACAUUCCGCCAUCCGCCCUCACAAAGCUCAGACGACGCGUCUGCCUCUUACUCCCCCGGCUCUCCUGGCAACAAGCGGCCCGACUUCAUCUUCCUGCCUGCAUCCAAGCAGCUCUACGAAGACGAGACCGUCACCUCGGUCUUUGGACUGAGGUCCCUUGCCAACCCGUCCCCCUCGCUGUCGCCGUCCCCUUGCGAGUCAGACUGCCCCCCGCUGGGCUGGACUAGAGGACCACCCGUGGCGGAGAAACCUCGCUGGCACCUCGGCAGACGCACAGGUGAAGGGAAAUUCCAUGGUGUGGACCUCCUGCAGCACUCGACGUCCCCAUCCCCCUCUCCAGCGGAGCACUUUCACCAGCCCCGCUCCCUGGAGCCUGUCACGGAUACCCCUCACCAGAGCCUUGCCCUGAGGAAGAUACACUCCGACCUUGACGGCAGCUCACCUGCAGAGAACAUCCUGGAGCGACCAGCAAGCAUGGACCACUCUGGACUAAUUUUCUCCAACACUCCCGCCACCACCUGGAACGGACCUAAAGGCUCCACCUUCUCUCCCGCAGAGUGGAACGAGCCUUACAACUACAGCGUGAAGAAAGGGCCGGCAGUCCCACCAAAACAGCACAGCAUCAUUGGUCAUACGGGAGGUGGGGCUCAGGAAGGCGUGAUGUUAGUAAGCUCGGGACAUUUGGCCAGCUCACAGUCCUUCUCAACCACGUCAGAUGCUUCUGGGAGACGAGGGAACAAUACGCAAGGGAUGUCACUGGCAGCUGUCAUGAUGGGGAAGCGGAGUGAAACAGAGGGGGCCAUGGCAGAUGGAGGUAGAGGUGGGGGAGGAGGAUGCAGUGGUGGAGAGGUCUGUAAGGGAAGGGAGAUGUCGGCCCGCUCCAUCGCGGCAGCAAAUGCAUUCAAGUUCCGGGAACGUUCUCUCUCCACACCCACAGACUCGGGCUCCUUUUGCUUUACUGAGAUUAGCACAGACCAACCAGACGGGACCCUCUCGUCCACAGGGAAUGGGAACGUCUCCACAGCUGCGGAGCACCAACGGCAGCAUCAUAACUUCUUGGGUUUGGGAGAGAACUACGCUCUGCUCUAUCCCAGAGGAAGUUCUGAGGACAGUGCCAGUACCACUGACACCAUUUCUGUUACAGCUUCUGACUACGGCACUGAAGGACGCUUGCGCAUGCGCUCGCGGUCCAUCUCUCUCAAAAAGUCCAAACGCAAACCACCCCCUCCUGUGAGAAGCGUCUCCCUCAUGAAGAAUCUUGGCAAUGCUGAGGGAAGGAUCCACCAUGGAGGCGCUCUGCAUCGAGAUGGCCGGCCAAAGAGCCUGCACAUCCCAAGGGACCACUUUCCGGACUUCCAGCCCGACUUCCUUUUGCCCAGCUCGUCCUGCUCCUCCAAGUCAGGCGCUCAGCAAGGAGAGCUGGGCCCGGGAGGCUGCGAUGGACCUCCGAACCUGGAGGUGCAUCCACCAGAGAGGGAGGCGGAAGCAACUUUCCCCACCCACUGGCAGCUAGGGGAUUGGAAGAGCAAUGACCCCUACAGGUCUUUAUCAGGCUCCAGCACUGCAACAGGUACCACCGUGAUUGAAUGUAUGAAAGUCAGAGGCAGCUCAGAGUCGUUAGACUCCCCUUCCACUUCCAGAGCCACGUCACCCUCGCAGCUCCUCACGGAAACAGACAUCAAGCCUUCCUCUCCCUUCAAACCCCCAGGACUCAUGUCCCCGUCAAGUGGAUAUUCCAGCCAGUCUGAAACUCCAACCCCAACUGUGCCGCUCAGUCAUGCAGGGGGAGUUGGUUCUGUGGGGAUAUCAGGGUGUAAGAUGCGCCCUAAGAUUCCUGAAAGGAAAUCCUCACUACCAUCACCAAAGGAUCCUACUGCCAGGUCCAGAUUAUCCUUUGAAAUGCCAGGGAAUGCACACCUGGAGCUGUCAUCCAUCAAGCCAAAGCAAAAGGCCAGCAGGCGGCAUUCGGACACGUCCACGGCAGCAAAACCUGGCAAAAUCAGCCCCAGCUCUUCCCAGGUGCUCCCCGUGGUCACCCAGAAUGAGCUAAAAACGAUUCGGCUUCGCUCUGUCUCGCGAGGCGAUCUAGAGGACUUCCCGGACGGUGCGUCGGACACCAUUGAGGAAGAACAGCAGUGCCGAGACUUUGGAGACGACGCCAGUCCGCCUCCCACUCUACCAAAACCUAAGCCACCUGUUGCAGUCAAACCCCCUCUACCAAAGCGGCCCCUCAACCUGCUUCUGAAGUCUCCUUCACCAUCCUCGACGCCCCCCCUCACCUUGGACUCACCCCCAUCAUCGCCUGUGGAGCGGCCCAUACCUCUAGGCAACAUUUACAAAGUGAUGAAGAAACCCAAACCCAAAAAAGCACCGCCAAAAAGUCCUGCAAGUCCAUCAGUGAUCCCAGAUUCUAAUUCUCUGUCCACCACUCAUGCUGUGUAUGACCAGUGUCUCUUUGACCUCCCUCCCCUUCCGGAACCCCAGCCUCUCCUGGAAGACCCUGUGUUAGAGCCAGAAUUCUACGCUGGCUUUCAACUUGGGCCAGAAGAUGGAGGCUCUCUACCCUCUCCUUGCAGUAACCGGGAGGCACCAGAGCUCCAAGACAAAAGCAAGACGCUUCCCUCAAGGACAACCAUCUCCUGUUUGGCAGAGCUCUCUGACAAAAAGAAACCCAAGGUUCCACCCCCCGUUCCCAAGAAGCCUUGCCUCCUACUUCUUCCUUCAUCCGUGCACCCCUCCAGUAACGGCAGCACAGACCGCCAGACGCCACAAACCGACAUUCCGGUGGGCCUCCCGUCUCCUGGAGGAGCUUUCCCACCGGAAGACAUCCCGAUAAGCCCUUGUGCGCCUGAAAUGUCAACACAGGAUGAGAAUCACUUGGGAUUGGACGCUUUGAAGGAGUCUUUGCUUCACUCAUCCUUGUUGGAUUCUUCCUUCGUGGAGCUGGAAGGGACGAUGGCCGCCACUGGGACUGGGGCAGACGACAGCAUGUCCUGCGACAAGACGGUGCUUCACAUUGUGGAGGAAACGGACGAGGACUUCCUGACCAGCAGCACGCCUGCAACACACACCACUGAAGACCUGUUCACCAUUAUACACAGGUCCAAGCGAAAGGUUCUGGGUCGCAAGGAGCCUUCAGACUCCUUUGGAAGCCGGCAGAAUCUGAUGUCCCCAGUCAAGCAGAGUGCCGACUUGCGGAACCUCACCAUGGGCAGCAGCCAGAGGUCCAGCUCUCGCAAUGAGAACUUCAUGGCCCUGCUGCAGAAGAAGGGCAGCAAGUCUUCCAGCGGCGGGGCCAGGGUGUCCGCCGCCGAACUUCUCAAAAGCACAAAUCCUCUGGCACGACGGGUCACAGAGUUCUCGAGCGGCGCUCCAUCAGGUAGCGAGGGGGCAGAGGUGGAGUCCAUCGGUCAAGGCAAACCCAACGACCAGUGAACAAAUGGGCGUUAUCCAGGUCUGGAUAAGCUAGCAAUCAGCGGCUUCGCUCCAACUACAGGCUGAGCAUUUGCAACGUCCAAUCCCAUUGGAGCCGCACACUUUUGGACAAAAUGGUCCCUUACGUGGUUGGAGCCAUAUUAUUCCCUAUCAUAGCGGAUCUCUCAAGGAGAAUAUGAAAGAGUAGAGAGGGGGGUUACAAGCAACGCACUCAGUGGGGAGUAAUAGGGGAUGUGCUGAGACCAGGAAUAUAAGCAUUGGAUAUCUUUUCUCCUGAUGGUGACUACGUACAUGCACCACAGCAUCUGUCGUCUUGUCAAGAACCAUCCAGAAUCCAUGUAUGACUCCUUCGCGGUUCCACCAAGCAGGACAAUGAAGUGAAGGCUUGCUUCCUAGCAUGCAAAAGACAGAUCAUUAAUGACUGACAGAUCUUGAAAGAUUCCAUUUAAUCAUAAAGCACUUUUCUUAAAUGUUUUUUUGUUGAGAGGCCGUUUACACAAUUCAUUCCCUCCAGGGGCACCCUGGAAUGGUGUUAUGUAUUUUUUUUCAUUUCUUUAAUGUUGUUUUUAGGACAUACACAUGAUUAAGAAUCAUCCAGAGAACAUUUGCAGACACUGCCUGUGUGAUGGACGUCACACAUACACACAAAGAACAGAACAGUCUGCACAAGCGUAUGUCUGCACACAAAUCGUCAUCACACCUGCGGAGUUUCUGCAUGGAGAGCAUGAAGCAGGUUAGGGGGAUCAAACAGGGUUUUUUGAGUCGUUUUUUGGUCUCCAAUGACAGGAGUGACGGACUGCCACAAACCAGACCAGAGGGGACCUGAGGGUGUGCGAGAGUGUGCAUGCUCGCAUGUGCUUGUGUGUGUUUACUUGUACACCAUCAACCACCAGGUCAUCUCUUGAGUGGCGACCGGUUCUCGUCACAUUUCACUGCCCCUCCAUGCACUUUCACGCUUUCAUGUAGCAUCUCCUCUUCCUCCCGUCCUAACCUCUCCAAUCACACCCCACACACACACACACACACACACACACUCCCCCACGUUGCAUUAACCUUCCCCUCGUCUUUCCUCUGCCUAUUGGGUCUUUGCAUCCAAGCUGUCAGACGACAGUGGGUGAAUUUCAAUAAGUGGACAAAACAUGCUCCUCCCUGCUCCUUUGGAUGGGUGAAGGUGGCAUCCCAGUUUGGACUCUUUGUGCCACCACUGUGUCAGAGCUCCCCCUAGUGGGUGGAGGAUAUAGAGCCACACAUUAGGAAAGCAGUGAAAGCUCAUCUCUCCUCUGGUUAUGAUGACUCGUCAAGUGGUGCUUUUUUUUUUUUUUUGCUUUUGGAAUAUUUUGUGAAUGGAACUGUGUUUGUUUUGCCUUGUAUACUACCAUUUGGGCACGGGUGUUUUAUUUUAUGUAGUAGAUUUUUUUACGUGCACCCCCUUCCACCAAUUCCUAUAGUACACUUGCCAGUAGAAGUGGUGCAGACUGAGCAGUGAUGCUAAUUUGUAAUGUUAGCAUAGGGAGAGGAAAGAUGGUAAAGUAAAUACAACACAUUGGCUUGGACGUAAUUUAUGUUCCCACCACCCACAAGGGAGCACUGGAAGUGACACGGCAACAAUGGGACCAGAUAAAUUUAAUAUUUAGCACAUUAUUCCCUCAAUGGGAGGAAAGACGGUGGAAAAAGUCGGGAGGUUGGAGGAUGUGUAAUCCCCACACCGCCACAUUUACACCUCUUCUCCUCAGUGUGAAGGGGGAGUGUUCUUUCUUUCCUCCCAGUAAAGAAUUAACAGAGUGGUUUCUAAUCAAAUAAUUUGCAUCAUUUGGAAACGUUGUGAUGUUUGGGGUCAUUUUGAGUGACCUCUCUUGAAUUAAAAGGACACGCGUGUGUUGCAUAAGAUAAUCUCACAGCACACUAGAGGUAUUAGUGCGGGCCAAAGAGUAUAUUUGCCCCCUCACUGCCAAAUUGGGGGUGGCUUACAGUGACAAACAGAUAGAGAGAGACAAAUAAUUAUUGGAUAAUUAUUCUAUUUUUUGUUAUUCCUUAUUGAAAAAAAGACAUAUUUAAAUGAUUAUUCCAUAUAUGUAUUGAAUAACCCUGCCCCUUCCUCCAAAUGCAGUGGUUUGGUUUUAGGUGCCCAGAUGAGCGCAUCACAGCCGGACCAGUGAAAUUAUUCCAUCAUAAAUAAAUUAUUUUUCUUGUGUAAAAGUGCUGUUUGUUUAUCUUCAUUUUUUC